UUACCCACGGAAAUCCCAGAUCUCUGGGCCAUUGCUGAAGAGGAGCAGCGCCGAGUCUGCUCGGCCUUGAAGGAGGAGCUGAAGGUGUUGGAAGAGCGCGCCGCGCGCGUACGCCAAGUUUCGGAAGAGCCAGGAGGAUCUAGCUGA